GAGGGCGAUGAAGGCAACGCGGACGUCGGGAUCCUGGCGUCGGGGUUCCAGAAGGUGGUGUUCCGGGGCCAGAAGUGGGCCAUCCGGCACCUGUCACUGGCGGGCCUGCUGCCCAGCACCCACCACUACAUGACCUACGACGGCUCCACCACCCAUCCCGGCUGCUGGGAGACCACCACCUGGCUCAUCAUGAACAAGCCCAUAUAUAUCACUAGGCAGCAGCUCUACGCACUUCGGCUACUGAUGCAGGGAGAUCAGAAAUCUCCGAAGGCGAAGAUGGCGAACAACUACCGUCCCGUGAAGCCCCUGCACCACAGGACCGUCAGAACCAACAUCGACUUCACCAACGCCCACCGGAGUAAGGGCUGUCCCACCAUGCACCGGGAGAUGUUCUACGCAG